AUGGGCGUCUCACCAGUUGUAUUACGAGUUGACAGAGGUUUUGAGCCCGAAGAAAAGAAAUACAAAGUUUUUGCUACAACAACAUAUGUUGGAGAAAGUUACACAAAAAACAAGGUUUUCACUUUAUGCAUAGAUGAGUCAUGGAGAGAGACUAAAAGAAUUCGCUCUCCUAUUUUCUGCAAGCCCAGGAUUUGCAUCAAUGGAGUUAUCUAUAGGUUUGUUUUCCAUAGAGGACUAAUUGCUAUAGCUGCAUUUGAUGUUAAAACUGAAAAUUCUAAACUUAUUGCAUUGGGGAAUGUCUCUCACGAGUGGCAUAAUGAGUUAAUAGAGCUGAAGGGUAAACUAGAAGUCGUGGUAUAUGAAAAAUGGCCACAUGGACAUAUCCACUUGCAGGUUUUGGGACAAACUCAGAAAAAAGAUGAAUGGGAGAGCCACACCAUUCACUUCCCUUCAACAUGGAAGGACAUACAACCCAAGGUCAUAUCACCCUGCACAUCCGGUGAUGGAGAGAUUGUAUUCAUCGCGAAUUUAAAGUCAGGUGUUUUAUGUUUGUGUUAUGAUGUCACGAGACAGAGUUGGAGAAAACUAGAAAUUAAGGGGCUUCCUAAGAAGCAGUGCAUCAAAGGCAUUUGUGGUUAUGUGGACAGACUAGUUAUGUAG